AUGAAAUUAUCUACUGCGAUUUCACACGAAAAUAAGAUGGAAUUUAAUAACAGUAGCUUUACGUGGUCUCGAUUGGCUGUUCAGCAGCAGCAAACACCGCAUAAGGAGUACCCCAUAGCACGACUUUCAAUUGCAUCUGGAUCAAAAAGUGGAACUAGACGGAGAGUCGUGAAAACCCCUUUAUUAGUGUCGUGCAAAAAAAAAGACAUAGACAAAAUCACUAUUGCAUCCCAUGGGCGUGGUGUAAAGUGUUCAAGAAGUCUUUUUACGCAGAAGCGCACAGUUAGUCAGAAUAAUUCUAGAACCAUAGGGCAAUCUUUCCUAGCCGAUAUGCGUUCAAGUGCUUCUAGAUACUCUCAUAUACCUAGUGCAGAUCGUUUAUUUAGUAGCCCAUGUCCUUCUCGUUCAUUUCAUUCUUCGCCACUGUCUUUCCCUCAACCUAGUUUCACCUAUACUGAGCCCACCGUUAUGCAGUAUUGCAUGAACAAUAUACCUCAACGCAGUUUUUCUGGUGUUUUCAAGGCUGCCACUUCAGUAACAGUGCAAACCGAUUCUUCGAUAAUGUCCUACAACAGUGUCAAGGUUAGCUCAUCCACAGAUUUUCAUUCAUCCGUAUCCAUUCCAUCGUCUCAUUUGGAUAUUCUUGGAACCACUAUAGGAAACAUUGUGGGAUCAAUUUCUACCCAAAACAUUGAAGCAAACUACAACAACGACAAUCCUCAACGAGACCAGACUCACUUAGUCUUAGAGUCUUCCAUUAAAAAAUCAAUGGACAGUGCUUCGGCCUUAGGGUACGUUAAUUCAGCUUUGCCUAGAAACACAAUAUAUGAAGAGCAAAUCGAGAGAGGGGCUGUAGGCCAAGUGCCUCAUAACCAUGGUGACUAUGCCGAAAGUGUUAAUGGUAGCGAUAUAAUUGUAGACCACUCUGACGUCAACUCUAUCAGAGGGACCACUGAGUUGAUUUCUGGCGUAUUUCAAACCCAACCAGCGCUCUCCACUCCUCGUUUACGUGUUCAACCGCUGCGUUUUUCAUCGGUAGGCACUGGACGAGAUGCCUCAGGCGUUCACAAUCACUACCGUCGAAGCACAUCGCUUACUUCCAUCCGAACCACCGGGAGUAAUAUCGCGCCGCGUAAUCGCCGAAACAGACAUAAUUCAAUAGCCUGCAUCCAGAGUUUCGACAUGGAACAGCUUUUUAAAAAUGGUUUGCACACAACUUUGUGGGUUUCAGCACAGGAUGGGAGCAUUGAGAUUCAUUCCAUGGCAAACCCUCGUACAAUCAUGGCUAUUAUCCCUAAGGAACCCACACCCACUUUUGUGACUUCGCUUUUGUGUAUCGGCUUAAACAGGGUCGCCGCGGGUCAAAGCAAUGGCAAGAUGCGAAUUUUCGAUGCCUGUACGCUUAAAGAACUGCAGAUGGUGCAUGCUCAUACCGCUGCCAUUACUUGCAUGACAGUCGCAACGUUACCAAUCGCUUUUCCUACUUCUUCUGCAUCGCCUAAAUACAUUGAGAAAAAUACUAGUAGCGAUAACGAAUCAAUGCGUAUCACUGGUGGGACAUCGGGCAUUAUUAUUCUUACUGGAUCCCUAGACUGGACAAUAGGUGUGUGGGAUAGCCAAAUGCUGACGCUAGUUGCUCGUUUAGAGGGCAACAACAGUGGUGUUAGUGCGCUCGCUGCGAGCGUGAGUGGCUCCUAUGCCAUCAGCGGUAGUGUAGAUGGUGUCAUUCAGUUGUGGAAUUUGCUGACAAACACGCAGGUGAACCUCGAGGAAGAGGAGCGGCGAGCUUUAGUUCAUCACCAAAAGCUUAGUGCGCCCAAAGGUGGAUUGUGUCAGAAAAAAUCAUUCAACAAGGUUAGUGGUACACCCCAACAACACACUAAAGAUGAGCUAUACAGCUUUUCUUCCUGUUCCACUGCGGACUCUGACACAGCUUUUCAUUCAGUACUCACACCGAAAAAGACUAAACGUGGUAAACAUAGGAAGGAAAGGUCAUCGAAUUACGUUACCAAAGAGUUAUUAUUGGGGAGGAAUCUGCUCUCUGCACGAUCCCUUCCAGAUGCGAGGAGUGGUGGAAAACAUAAUCUAACUAAGUCUUCUGUAGGGCCUGGUUCUUGUCUGACACCUUUGCGAGCUUCGGUAGGGCAGAUCAAGAAACGCAAUGCCAAUACCACAACCAAAAGUUCUCAUUUCAACAAGGUAAAGCCAAAGAAGCCUAAUCCUGUAAAAGUGUCGGAAAUAACUAGAAUCGCAUUGGAUCACUCGGAAGAACAUUUGCGGACAUUGACUUCAAUUCAUCAUUUUCGUGGCAGCUUCUCUAACUCUUACUUUCCUUGUUACUUCUCUGAUAGUGAUUUCUUGAACCCUUGUGAUUUCAACUGGCCCAUUAACAACGCUCAUAAGGAUCUUAUAUCUGGCCUAGUUGUGGUGCGCGAUCGUCUACUUGUUACGGCAUCCCACGAUGGAACUGCCAAGGUGUUUGGGCUGCCUUCUGGUGUAUUUAUCCGUUCUUUGGAAGUUCCGUCUAAGACAGCUCUUUCGACAGUGUUUUUUGACCAUCAGCAGUGUCGUUUGUUAUUGGGUGUGACAGAUGGCACCCUGCUCGUGUAUAACUUUCUUUCUGAAGAGAUGCCGAUGAUUUCGCUAGUGAAACUCCCUGUUGUUUCUUUUUCUGCAGUAUAUGUUCCCCUCUGUGCUUCUAUCAUGAAGCGAUUUUUUUUAAUUUCAGCUACACAUUUUCCAUGCGAACGAACGUCUGAUCAGCCUGCGAGCGACUCGUUUUCACAAGUGGUAAGUGUAAAAGCUGUGACACAGAUGGAUCGAACCAUUAUGGCCCAAGACUCUAAAGGUGGACUUAUGGCACACCGUGUAGGUGAACCUUCCUUGCUCGAGCUGCAUCUCGCUACUCAACAAAGCAAUUUACAGGCUAAGGUGCAGGGAGACCAAGUUUUUGUUUCGAAUGUCAGCACCAUGGGAACAUUAGAGGACAUGCAGCUGGAAUAUGUGCGACCGAACGCCUUGGUUAUGCAGCGGGUUUGCGCUCACGGUGUCCUUCUUCGAUACUUCCUCGCUUUACAGAGGUGGGUUUCAAGAAAGCGAUUCACGGCCAAGCACUCCUUACAACCAAGGUUAAUGCGCAUUAAGCUGGAUGAGCAUUUCAUGCACAUUUAUUGGGUGCGAUGGAAGCUGUGGUAUCGCAAGCGUUCCAAUCAAAAGUGGUCCGAUGUAGUAACCUUACUCCAAAGUCGUUGUCACUACUCUAGGGGAGACAUCCAAAGCGUAAAAGAUUAUCGCGUUUUUCAAAAAUGUCAGGAUACAUGGUAUACGACAUAUCGACGUAUUUGUUUUACCGUCGUUGCGUAUCGGGAGCACGUUUGUAGACAAAAAUUAUUUCGGGACGUAUUUUGCCGAUGGGCGACCACUUCUCGGUUUAAGCUCAUCCUGAAACAACGGGAGGGAACUUUUAACCGUCUCCUCUUAUCUUUUAGUGCCCCUUUCAGUGGGACCGAUGGCACGUCGCAGAUUCGUCUAGGGAAGGCGACUCAAUGGAGAGGACAGCAUCCACAGUUGCUUUGGCCAACUCAUUGCUUGUGCGAGUCUUCGAUGCAACGUCUGCUCUGGCACUACUACAAUCAGUGGCGCAUGUUAAUUAUUCAUCAGAAGAAACUGAUUGAGGGACGUAAAACGAAUGCGGUUUUACUACUCGCACACGGAGAACCGUACCCUUUUCUGUUGGUCCGUAGUGUGGCACUUCAGAUUGUCUGCUUUCGGAAAUGGCAUAGUUAUGCGCUGUACGUUUCAAAAAUUGUUCGUAUUAAGGAAGAAAAAUAUACUAUGCAUCGUGAAUGGAUGAGCUUGAAGAGUGUCACUGAUAAUACAUUCUCGCUAGAACAGCUUCGUUCUGAGGAGCUAGAACUCGAAAAAUGUAUUGUACAGAUUACUGCUGAACGUGAGUCUGUGAGGGCAGAGGAGUGCGCCGCACGGGAAGAACAGACUUCAAUGCAGAUGUCGGAAGCUAGGUAUAUUUUACUCGGUAGUUUCCUCAAUGUACCGUUGUUAAACUAUUUAAUUAUGAGUCGUACCAGUUCUAAUCAACCACAACCACGGAAUAUCAAGGGCUACGGCAGCGGCGGCAAGCGUUCCAUUGGCAGAGCCAGCUCACAACCUGAUAUGACUACUGAAGCCACUUCCCCUAGUGUGUGCCAUUUAUUUGGUAUUAGUUCACUUCUGAGAACAUCUCCAGACUGUCAUCAUCAUCAUCAUUCAGCGUCUUUAGGAGACAACAUUGCAGAUAUUAGUCUUAUAUCUAAUGCUACUGAUGAGAAUCGUUCUUCAUCAGUUGUGACCGUUAAUUCACCAUCUAGGCGAGUAAAUAGCUCUUCAUUUUGCCUAUUACAGGCUCUUAUGUUGGCUCUCAAGGGAGAAGUUUUUGACUGUUCUCGAGACGGGCGGGCUCUUAUCAUCGCACACAACCUUACCACGCGACUUCAUAUUGUUGACACCAAUGUCACAGGAGUCGCUACAAAUGCUAUCGUGGACUUGGAUGGUAUCUAUGGCUCCAAGAACGCGGCGAACUCUGGGAAGGAGUACCGGCGCAGGGGUGCGGGUCUUCGCCCUUCACGAUCGCUAUCAAUGGGGGACUUGCGGCAUCAGGGCAAGCGGGUCGGCGGCGGCGCACUCUCUUUGAGUGUUAUGAUGACCAACAGCCACCAUGGGCAAUCCUUGGCGCCCAUGGAUGGUCGCAACCUCGCGGCAUUUGUGCAACCAAGCAAUCAUACCACACAUUCAAGACCCCAGACAGACUCACACAUACAGAAGGUUGAAUACAAGACGCUUGCAGAGGCAUUCGACUCUAUCACGUUGGAGCUUAUCACGGUGCUUAGUGAUGCCGCUCGAAGUGCCGGUGUUAAUAACUGCGCGGCCUUUUUACCGAUACUAGCUUCUGGCAGUCCUUUUAAUUACGAUGGAGGUGACGUAUCCUUUUGUAACGAUGAAAGAAUGGACCCUAUUGCACCACACAGCUAUUCGCAAACACCACCGAUUCCUUCUCCUUUCCACGUUAGCGAUUUAAAGCAACAUGUGCAUCGCUCAUCUUCCCCACUCUCAGGUGAUAGGGCAAGAGACUAUGAUCCUUCAGAUUUACAUCAGCAAAUACCACAAGAAGUGCAAUCGUCCUCAACCGCGUGCGACACACAGGCUUCACCCCAAAUAUCACCGCAGUGUGCGCAGGCACUGCGAUGGAUCCGUCUGAUUUCUUCCAAAUUACGCCACCAAAUACUGCACUUAGUCGUGAAGCUCAUAGUCCUGUAUGACAGCUUUAUCGCACAUAGUGAGAUGAGUAUUGAGGGGGCUGGCAGUAUCUCCAUCCGAGGCACCAGCACCGUGCGUCCACUGAGUGCGGGUUCUUUGUGCGACGACCCCACCGCUGCGUUAUUAAUCCACCAUACAACACCGCUGUUGAUGUUGCUUCAGCCCAAACUGUUGGAGCGACAACUGCGCUUAAAAACUCUGGCGGAUGCCUUCCCUAAACCGCUUUUGAUGACCCCUGAGGAUGCCAAGGGGGGGAGUGAGGCCUUGGGCUCCGACCACCUGUGUGGGUCGUGUUUAUCCGACUUACAGGAAGCUUACCUCAACACCACCAAUCCUGUUCUUGACGGCAGUUGCAUCUCCUCCUUAGAGAGUAGCAUCGUGCCGAGCACCUCCGUGCGACGACCACACAUUCCCUUUCAUUUACCCCAACCACAGCUCUAUCUUUCCAACGCCGCCACCCACAAGGACCGCACCAGUCGACUUUCGGGAUGCCAAACUCCAUCUUGUGAUCGUUCGCACGCGGGGGAGAGCACGAUGAACGGCGGCACCCGCGCGCAUUGGGCGUCUGAUUCGGCGUCUGGAGCAAGGGGGGGGGAGGGGGGCCACUCGCGUCGCUGCGAAGGCGGGGACUAUACGUGUAGCCGUACGCCGACCCCGAACCCCUUCUUACGUCGCGUUGUCCGGGGAGGAUGA